CUGACUGGUAUAGACGGGACCUUUAAUGCAGCUGCAGCUCUUCAUUCAGAUGCUGAGUGGAGCAGCGGAUGACCGGAGGAGGAGGAGGAGGAGGAGAGGAGGCAGAUCACGGCUCUGUUCUAAUCGCAUUUUCUAAAAACCACUUCGAUGCACACUGAGGGCUUUUAUUCAUCCCUCCUUCCAGCCUGCUCGGAGCAUUUUAGCGGAGUCCAGGACUGAGCGGAUUGCGGCAGUCUCACGCGUCCUGGGUGAUCGGAGCUCAGCAGCAGCAGCACAUUGUAUGAAAUAACGUCACCGCCAUCCAGUUUCCCCCAUUUACACAAAUCGGCUCUCCACUCGCGGACUGUUCACCCGGACUCUUUCAUCAGGUAACCACAUGUGCGGGCCGGUGUCACCGCGCUGAGCCCGGAGAGCACGCAGGGGGUAGACUCGGGUCAGAGACACAGAGCGUGGCCGGGGGAAGGUGGACCGGAUGACGGACAGAACCUCCGAGGCCCCGCGGCUGCCGGUGCCGCUGCGCCGCUGCCACGGGGCGCUCCAGGCCAUCAACAGCAACGGCACCUGCGUGGAGCAGCUCGGCUUCUUUCCGCCGUUCUCCUCCACCCUCGCGCUCCUCGUGCUGGUGGUCGUGCUCGCGGGGGUCGUCCUCGUCUCCCUGGCAACGUUCCACUUCCACAAGAGGAAGCUCCGGAAGAGGAAGAUCCAGCGCGCGCAGGAGGAAUACGAGCGCGACAGUCGCAGCCCCACGCGCGCAGGGGCGAGCGGGGAUCCCGCGAGGCCGUGCGUCAUCGUGCGGCCGGUGAGAUGCGGGGAGGUUCAGCCCGCGUGCCGGAGCGGGGGAGGCGGGGACGUCACCGGGGCACCGGGGGAGGACGAGCGCGAGCUGCACGAGACGGUUGCUCUGGACUGUUAACUCAGCGCAACUUCAGGGAACAGGACUGUGGAAUUAACAGGAAAAGCAAUAAGGCACAAAGAACUCCCACACCCACCUCUGCUGCUUGUAGAUGACUUAGAAACAGCAGGAAACAGAUAAAUGCAGAAUACUGAGCAGAGUAGUGGGCCUACACUACAGUGGCGCUGCAGAUGGGUGACAAGUUAAAUGGAAAAACCGGAAUAAGUGAGAAGAGAAACCAAAAAGAAUGUAGAUGCUUCCACACAAGUGAACUGCAGAGUACAAUUAAUCAAUUAACGUCCUAUCAUGCUCUGAGGUAUAAAAAUACUGAUCUGGCCAAUUUGAUUCUUUCUUUGAUUUAAGAUGACAAGACAAUGAUUUACAUCCAUUGGAAAGACGUCAGUAUUUAAGAUGGAAAUUGUGGUUGACAGCGCACAUUCGCUGGUGCAUUAGUUUAAUACGAAAAACCGAGGAGCAACUCCUCUUCAGGUGACUGAGAAUGUCAAAGCGGGGACGUGAGCUGACUGUCACAACAAGGACAAACAAUUACAUAGAGAGGGUUGUAGUUAGGUUGCAGUGCAUAAAACCCCCCUGCAUUACAAAGAUGAAUUCACAGUUUGGAGGUCAGCGAUGUGAGAUGUGGGGGGGGAAAGCGAUAUGAUCAAAUGAGAAAUGUCAUGAGGAGACCAGAGAAUGAUGCAGGCCUCUUCACUGAAUGGAUCCAUUGGCUUUGUUAUGCUGAGAGGGGGCGUUUUGCUGGUGUAGUGUCGGUCCACUUGUCCUCUCAGCGGGGGAAAGGUCACUAGAAAUCAAUACCAGGUUGUUCUGAGUGAUCACCUUUAUCUAAUGGUUAAACAUUUCAAUCUUGAUGAGGAGUGGUCUCUUCUGAGAUGACAGUGCCCCCCAUCCAUAGGGAACGCAGGGUCCAUGAAGAGUUUGAUGAGUAGGAAAAUGAUGUGAGUCAUAAGCUAAGGUCAAUGCACUCACCAGCUGUAAAACGAGUUGAACACAAUUUGUGUUAGAUAGCGCUCUCCACCACUGCCAUCAAAACACCAAAUGAGGGGAAUAUCUUUUAGAAGAAUGGUGCUCAUCACUCCGGUAGAGUCCAGAGAUUUGUAGAAUCAAUGCCAAGACAUGUCGAAGGUGUUCCGGGAGCACGUGGUCGCCCAACACCCGACAAAGCCACUUUAUGUUGGAUUUCCCUUUAAUCUGUCACCCAUCUGCUGGUUAGCCAUGUGGCCACACUCCUUCCUCUUCCACUCGUAUAUUUAGCCAAACGAUAUCUCCUUAUGGGAUUGUAUAAAGUAUUUGCCUGCUUUGACUUUUGGACCUCCUCCUCCUUCCAAGCCGAAAAACAUCGUUUGAACCUCAAAGAUGUUUAAACUUUAAAUCUUCCCUGGGAUGUAACACACUGUUGUGUUGAAUUAUUAAGAGUUGAUGACACAACACGGAGCAUAAUGGCUCGCUGAUCUGCCUUGGCAUGUCCUCUGACACACUACCAGUAUGUAGUUAGACUAUAGUGGAUGUUGUGGUGCUGUUAGGCAGUGAAAAAACUGCACAUAGGCUAUAGAAAUAGCUUAUUUGUUUGCGUAGUAUUUUUUCCUUCAAUUAAGUGACUUAGCAUAUUUGCAUAAAGUACUGUCCUCCAAUGUCUGUUAGACAUCUGUAGCUAGCUCUAGUUAGCCUGAAAGGAUGCAAGACUUCUUUGCUGUAGUAAUGCACAUAAGAUAUUUUUCUUUGAUGUGUCAGAUAGUAAAUUUUUGCGCUAAUAGAGUAUUUUCUCUUUUUUUUUUGAGUAUUUUUAAUGUAUUCUCUGACAUGUAAUAAAUUGAGAAUCCUUCCAGUAGAGGGUUUCUGUUGAAGCCGAUCUUUUCUUUUGUUUAUGAUCCUUCAUAUUGCAUAAUAGUGGGCCUAAUAGAAAUUCUGUGUCAUUCAUGAUAUGAAUUCACUGUAAAUGUAUGCCAUUAUGAGAGCUGGAAUGUUUUACAGUAACAUCAUCUUUCUGGAGUUCAUAUAAUCUGCCUUAUCCAAGGAAAAUAUGUACUAUUCAAAGUUUAUAAAUAAAUACUUACAUUAUGUUAA